CAACCAUAAUGAUAAUAUCAUAUUGGCGGAAGGCUUUUGCACAAUACAAACAACAAAACAUAAACAAGUAAAUCAAGAUUUAAUUUAAUAUUUUAACGACAAAUUACAUUUUACAAACAAAUGGCUUUUAUUUAUCAAAAACAAAUCAUAGACGUCAUCACAGUAUACACAGCGCCUCGUCCAAUCAGCGGACAGAAGGAGGCGGGACUUCCGCGUUUGUGGGCGGAUCCGGGUGGGUGUUGAUUUGUGAGGAAUAAAGCGAAUGUAACCGUAAACAUUAAACUCUUAAUAAAUAAACGAAUCGAUUAUUGCGUUAGUUUUAAUAUCGCAGUCAUGCAUGGAAUCGACAAACUACCGAUAGAAGAAACUCUAGAAGACAGUCCGCAGACGCGCUCUUUAUUGGGUGUGUUUGAAGAAGAUGCAGCUGCGAUCUCAAGUUACUUCAGUCAACUCUUCACAGCCAUGCAGAGGAUCUAUGAUGCUCAGAAUGAACUGAGCGCUGCGACUCAUCUGACCUCUAAACUACUGAAGGAUUAUGAGAAACAGCGUUUCCCUCUGGCUAGUGAUGAUGAGGUCAUGAGCUCGACUCUGCAGCAGUUUGCCAAAGUCAUUGAUGAGCUCAGCUCGUGUCAUGCGGUUCUGUCCACUCAGCUGGCCGAUGCUAUGAUGUUUCCCAUCACACAGUUUCAAGAGAGGGACUUGAAAGAAAUUCUCACACUAAAGGAAGUGUUUCAGAUCGCCAGUGAUGAUCAUGACGUGGCCAUUAACAGAUACAGUCGUCUAUCUAAACGGAGGGAAAAUGAAAAGGUGAAAUCUGAAGUGAUGGAGGAUGUUUAUACGUCCAGGAAAAAGCAACACCAGACCAUGAUGCACUACUUCAUCUCUCUCAAUACACUGCAGUACAAGAAGAAGAUGGUGAUGUUGGAGCCGUUAUUGGGUUAUAUGCAGGCACAGAUCAGUUUCUUUAAAUUAGGAUCUGAGAAUCUGACGCAGCAAUGGGAGGAUUUUCUCACUAACAUUGGAACCAGCGUACAGAACGUUCGCAGAGAGAUGGACAGUGAAAUCGAAACAAUGCAGCAGACGAUUCAGGACAUGGAAAACACCAGCGACCCCCUUUACAUGCCCGACCCCGACCCGAGCAAGAUCCCGGUCAACCGCAAUCUGACCCGCAAGGCCGGAUACCUCAACUGCCGCAAUAAAACAGGUCUGGUUUCAUCAACCUGGGACCGUCAGUACUUCUUCACCCAGGGUGGAAAUCUCAUGAGCCAAUCACGUGGAGCCGUGGCCGGAGGUUUGGUCAUGGACAUUGAUAACUGUUCUGUUAUGGCGGUCGACUGUGAGGAUCGGAGGUUCUGCUUUCAAAUCACAGCGUUUGAUGGCAAGAAGGCGGCCAUAUUACAGGCAGACAGCAGAAAAGACUGUGAGGAGUGGAUUGCAACAAUAAACAACAUCUCUAAGAGGAUAUACCUCAGUGAGAAUCCAGAAGAAAUCGCAGCGCGAGUGAAUCAAUCUGCUCUUGAGGCCGUCACACCUUCACCUUCAUUCCAGCAGCGUCACGAGAGCUUCAGACCAAACACUCAAGUUCGACCCAGAGCGGUCCGGUCGGGCAGUCAGUGCUCCGCAGGUUCUGAUUCUCCAGCGUUGUCCUCUCUCUCUCUGGAUUCGCUGGUGGCUCCGGACACGCCCAUUCAGUUUGACAUCAUCUCACCCGUUACAGAGGAACAUACGAGUCAGAUGAAGAGCGGUGCUCAGGGAAGAAUUAACCCGUUUGGAGAGUCUGGAGGAUCACAGUCUGAAGAGAGUGAAGACUCGAUCCUGCACCAGCUCUUCAUCGUGAGGUUCUUGGGCUCUAUGGAGGUGAAGGCCACUGAGAACGUAGAUGUUAUCUAUGAGACCAUGAGACAGAUCCUGGCAGCUCGAGCCAUCCACAACAUCUUCAGAAUGACUGAAUCUCAUCUGCUCGUCACAUGUGACUGUCUGAAACUUAUAGACCCACAGACACAAGUCACCAGACUGCGGUUUCCUCUCUCCAGUGUCGUCUUGUGUGCAACUCAUCAAGAAAACAAACGUUUGUUUGGUUUCGUGCUGCAGACAGCAGGAGGUCGAGUGGAUGGACGAGCCGUCACAGUCUGCUAUGUGUUUGAGUCAAACAAUGACGGAGAAAAGAUCUGUGACAGCGUGGGACUGGCGAAACAAAUCGCCCUUCACUCUGAGAUGGACCGCAAAGCCACACAGAAACAAAGAGAUAUGAACAAGGUCAAAGAGAAACAGAAGGAGGAGCUAAGUAAACAGAAACAGAUAGAAAAGGAUCUUGAAGAACAGAGCCGUUUAAUAGCCGCCUCCAGUCGGCCCAACCCACCAGCUGCUGACGGACAGGUCUUAGUGCUUAGCAACAGCCCAUCAGAGGACAGCGAAACUGGGGAGGAGGGACAGAAAAAAGGCGAAUCUGAGGCCUGACACUCAGGUAAAAAUGAGAUGAUUUACAAAAAUCAGCGUCACUUUAUGUUUUUUUAAAGGGUUUUCCAGCAGGAUGAAAGAUUUGAUAUGUUACUGCAGAUUAUAAACCAACUCAAAAUGAAUGCAUUGAUAUGUGGACACUUUGGGACCCUCCCCAAAUCUUGUGUUAUUUGUAAUAAUCCUGUAUUUUUUACUAUAUCCGUUAUUGAAAUUAAAUGAGGGGUUUUUAUAUGUAUGUGUGUUGGGAUCUAUUACCAUUAUAAAACACAUACAGUUUAACGCUGACAUUGUUUCUUUAUUUUGAAGAUGUUGCACAUAUAAAUGACAUUAUUAAUACUGUGUUUAGUGUUUUAAUGCUGUGUGUUUUCUUCAUGUCACAUUACCAGUGAGAGAAUUCAAUAAGAUUGUAUAAGGUUAUAUUUGAUCUAUAGAGCUGCAGUCAUGGUGUUUUCUCAUUGACUUUUGUAUUAACACAAACACACUUGGGUUUAUUACUAACACUUCCUAUAUUUCUUAAGAUUUAAGUUUAAUAUUUCUAAAUGAUCAUGGUUAGUAAACACAUAAGAUUCAGCUUUAUUAAACUCUAAUGUAAACACUGCACUUUGAAUUUAUUUCACAUCACUGUCAUGUUUCUUUCUCUCUGAAUUGGAAACACUAAAACACAUAUUUUUGUAGUUACUUUUUUCUUUAUAUUUGUUUUUUUUAUGACCCAGCUGUAUUAAAGACCUCUGUUGCAUUUAAACAUACUGGGACAAUAACCCAAGCAAAUAUUUCAACUUAAGUUUUAAUGUGUUAACUUCUUAUCUGUAUCUUGCCUUUAUUUCAAGUGGACAGGGAUAAAAAUGACUCAAAGUUCUGAUUGAAAUAUUUUGUCAUUUAUUGCCUUGAUUUAUUUCAUUGCUUGCUUUAAGCAUUUAACAGAAUCAUUUCAGUUUUCAGAGUUUCAUUCACAACCAAUGUGUUACUGCGGCUGAAUGAUGCUUUGAUUCAUACAUCAUGAUGAUUCAAAAACAGUAAAGAAAUGUUUGUGUUGUGUGUAAAUGUCUCUGCAAAAUCAGUCCAUGAUUUAUGGGUUUCAUUUAAGAUAUUGGUAUUAAAAAUCUAUUUGAAAUGA